AUGCCAGAGCGCUCUGCUGUGUAUAUCGGCACAGCAUUCGUCGCUGGUGUCUGCCUGACCAUCGUAUGCAAAGACAUACUUGAUUCUCGUCGGCGCGAGAAACCAGAAACUGCAACAGCACGAUCAGAUGAGCUUGUUGCUCGUCCAGGACCUCCCGCCAUAGUAGAAGGUAUCGAAGGAUGUAUUGGGAACACACCUCUUUUCCGGAUCAAAUCCCUGUCGGAUGCGACGGGAUGUGAAAUCUUGGCUAAGGCGGAAUUCUUGAAUGGUGCUGGGCAAAGCUCAAAAGACCGGGUUGCAUUAAGUAUGAUUGAAUUGGCAGAAGAACAGGGUAUCUUAACACCUUAUUCCGGCGACACAAUCUAUGAAGGAACAUCAGGGUCAACCGGUAUCUCAUUAGCAUCUCUAGCCCGAGCCAAGGGAUACCUAGCGCACAUCUGCAUGCCCUCAGACCAGGCAAUCGAAAAGUCAAAUCUGCUAUUGAAGCUAGGCGCAAUCGUCGACCGCGUGCCCCCAGCACCGAUCGUCGAAAAAGAAAACUUCGUCAACCGCGCCAGAGCACUAGCAACAGCCCACACGGCCUCAGCCACCGUGCCCAUCUCCGACACAGAGGGCGAGCAGGUCGAACCAUCAGAACGCAUGGCGCGCGGGCGCGGCUUCUUCGCAGACCAGUUCGAGAACGAAGCGAACUGGCGCGCCCACUACGGCGGCAGUGGACCCGAGAUCUACGCGCAGUGCAACGGGCGGAUCGACGCCUUUGUAGCGGGCGCCGGAACAGGCGGGACUAUCUCUGGCGUGGCGCGGUACCUGAAGCCGCUUUUGCCGAAUAUCACGGUUGUGUUGGCCGAUCCGCAGGGGAGCGGGCUGUACAAUCGGGUGCGGUAUGGGGUGAUGUUUGACGUGAAGGAGCGGGAGGGGACCCGUCGACGACGUCAGGUGGAUACGAUUGUUGAGGGUAUUGGGAUUAAUCGGGUUACUGCCAACUUUGAGGUUGGCAAGGAGCUUGUUGAUGAUGCGGUUCGGGUGACGGAUGCGCAGGCGCUGGCGAUGGCUAGGUGGCUUGUUGAGAAAGAUGGGAUUUUUAUCGGGAGCAGCAGUGCUGUUAAUUGCUUUGCGGCUGUGAAGACGGCGCAGAAGAUGGGGCCUGGUCAUCGCAUUGUCACUAUGCUGUCGGAUUCGGGGUCACGGCAUCUAUCUCGAUUCUGGGCUAAGGCUGGUGAUGUUGGUGGAGCUGUUGAUACGACACUGGCUGAUGUUUUGAAUGCACGGGAUGAAGAUUUUCAAUAA